CCUCCCAUCGGCUUGAAUCUUAUCACAGCAUCGCGCUACCACUUUCUUGCCCUGGAACCUCUUCUGUAGCAAAUGAAUGAAAAAGGAAGGUAUGGCGGAUCGAGAAAAGCGAAAACCUCUACCGUCUCCACCACCUUCCCGAGGAUUGCGGGUUGAGUCUCCCAUCACUUGCAAGCUCACCCAUGACUUAAGCCUAGAUGAAUUUGAGGAUGAGGACUUAUCCGAAAUCACAGAGAUCACAGAUGAGCAUGGCCUCAGUCUCAACUGCAACAGCCUUGACAUCAAGGCUCACAUGAUGCGGGCACCCAAUAGUAGCUUGGGGAAGGUGGAGGCAGGCGCAGUGGGGAAGAUCCAGGCAGAGAUGCUUCACUUGGACCUGAUCGACGCUGAUGACAGCACUCAGGACCAGGCAGCCCAUCCGCUUGCUAGCAAAGCACCUGCCAAAGACCCUGCUACCCAAGUCAUCAUGGAUACAUACAGGCCCAAACGGCCCACAACUCUCAACCUAUUCCCACAGGUGCCACGCACACAGGACACACUGAACAACAACUCAUUGGCGAAAAAAUACAGCUGGCAGGAAAAAGUUUCACGGUCCUCUUCACCUCUCAAAACAGGUGAACUCACGCCACCUCAUGAGCAUAUCUGCCUGAGUGAUGAAGACAAGGUUCAGCACAGCGGCAGUGCAGGUGGAACCCAGACCAAAGACCGUGGCACUUCAACAGACACACCCAACAGACGCCCCUCUUCUAAACAGACCCACGCCCCUGCCCCUCCCCCAGCUCCCCCUUCAGCCCCACCGACCAGAACCAGUGUAGUAGCGGAGGCAGGGCACCGUGACCGGAUUUGCUACCAUACAGAUGUGCACCUGGAGCCCACAGAGGAGAUCUACUUGACACCAGUCCAGCGCAGCUCCGAGGCUCUGGAGCAGGACAGACCCCCGAUGCUGGCCCAGAAUGGCGAGCACGGCCGCAUGUCUGUCAGCUCCGACAAUGAGGGCCCACCUCCCUAUCAGCCCCCACUGUAUGACCAGAUGAACCCGGCCAUCAGCGAGGCAGAGGAGGAGAUGCCUCCACCCUCCUAUGCCUCCUGCAUGGCAGCAUCUGCAGUGCUGGACCUCAGCAGCAGAAGGGCUAAUGGACGAACCAGCAAGGAUGAGCUUAGUUGUGGGGAAGGGGGUGCUGGAGAAGCCCGUGCCCAGGACGAGAGCUUUUUGCAGGGCUACAGAAACUCUGGCAUGUCCCGGACUUCCAUGAGCAGCUCGGAGGCGAGUGGGCUCUCAUAUGACUCAGUCAAAUACACUCUGGUAGUGGAUGAAGGAGCUCAGCUGGAGCUGGUGAGUUUGCGGCAGUGUCAUCACGGCUACAGCGACGACAGCGAGUCGGCCACAGUGUACGAUAACUGUGUCUCAUCGCCGUAUGAGUCAGCACUGGGGGAGGAGUUUGAGGAGGAUGAGGAAGUGGAAGGGGCCAGAGUGGGUGGGGUCAGGCGGGAAGCCACGGCCUGCCUAUCAGAAGACUCCACUCCAGAAGCAGAUAUGCAGUUUUCAAGAAAGUUCCUCAACGUCUUCAUGAACGGCCGCUCACGCUCUUCUAGUGCAGAGUCUUUUGGUUUGUUCUCCUGCGUUAUUGAUGGGGAAGAGAGGGAGCAGAGCCACAAGGCUGUGUACAGGUUUGUUCCUCGACAUGAAGACGAGUUGGAGCUGGACGUGGAUGACCCCUUACUGGUAGAAGAUCAGGCAGAGGAUUAUUGGUAUGAAGGGUACAACAUGAGAACGGGAGCACGAGGAAUCUUCCCCGCAUACUAUGCUCUUGAAGUCACCAAGGAGCCGGAGCAGGUUAAAGUGAGAAGUGCAGACUGGGUGGAGAGAUAUAGACUGAAGUUUCUGGGCUCUGUUCAAGUUCCUUAUCACAAAGGGAAUGAUGUGCUCUGUGCUGCCAUGCAAAAGAUUGCCACCAAUAGGAGGAUGACUCUGCAAUAUAACCCGCCACCAUCAUGCAUCCUGGAAAUCAACAUGAAAGGAGUGAAGCUUGUGGUGCAAGAUGACUAUGCAGCAUAUGACAGGAGUAGUGAGUGCAAUCACUUCUUCCAGCUAAAGAAUAUCUCAUUCUGUGGCUACCAUCCCAAGAAUAACAAAUACUUUGGCUUCAUCACAAAACACCCCGCAGAUCACAGAUUUGCCUGCCAUGUCUUUGUUUCUGAAAAUUCCACGAAGCAUCUUGCAGAAGCCAUAGGGAAAGCAUUCCAGCUGUAUUACAAAGAGUUUGUGGAGUUCUCAUGCCCUACAGAGGACAUUUAUCUGGAAUAAUCUGGAAUAAUAAACCUAUGUACAGAUGUAUAGUAAUGCAUAGCAUACGUAUAUCGCAUGAUGGACAGAUAUAAACAAAACACUACUAUAACAGACAAAAGAGAAGAGGAAGUGCACAUACGAAGCGGUACCUGCUUUGCGGACAUUUCAGAGCAGAAGGGGUGGAGCAUAGGUAUAUGGUUUUCUAUUGUGUAAGUGUGCUUUUGUGCUGUUCCUGGAUGGUGGCACACUAACAGGAAUCUCAACGCACUCACUCACCUGGCCAUGCAGAUAUAUUAGCAUCCCUUCCUACACCCGGAAGAGACACCUGAUCUUCGCUGUCUAGCUACUGACCUUGGAGAUUUCAAAGAAUCAAUGAACCAGGCUGAUUUUGGAGGAAUGGGAGUGAUCUUUUAUAGUCUUGGUAUGAUAUUAAUGAGGAGAACACUGAGGCUACAGAAAAAGUCACUUCUGUUUGGACUUUGACUAAGAAGGACAAGAGAAGAUAAUGUUUGUUGAUGGAACAUGUGAAAAUCUUUGUCAGUCAUCAGAUUUCCACUUCAGAAAAACAAACAAAAUAUUGCCAUUCUGAAUUGGAAUGGGACCAGAAAAGGUUAAUGACAUUGAAUAGUGUUGUUGGAUUAACCCAGAAGUCUUCUUACUGCAUCAUCUGAUGUCUUGCCCUCUGCAGUAUUCUAGUGUUCUAGACUCUAAGAUGCUAAGCUUGCAGUAUAGAAAUCUCCCAUUCUAGCACCUGAAAUACGAGGUCCUCGUCAUUUACUGUGACUCAAAAAGAGGUAAAUAUUCAGGUUAUUCACUCUGCGAUGUAAGGAAUUAGCAAGCAACUCUUCUGAUACAGAUUCAACAAAACUAGGACAGUCUAGUGUUGCCAUUUAACCCUAGACUGACCUUGUAGUCCUGUAGUAUCAACAAUGCUAACUGUUUUAAAAAAUCUAGACCGCCUAUAUUUAAUUUGCUGAUCCAGCUGUUAAUGCGUUCCAUGUAGGUUCUGAAUAUCCCACAAUUACUCAAGAUUCUGCAGAGUAACUGUUACAUCCAAAAUGUCACCUGAACUGAGUGAGUUAUUGGUUAAGGCAAAUGUGUACCUACAUGAAGGCUGCUUACUCUGGGUGGGAAGCACAGAUCACAAAGAGUCAUCACUGUCUUUCCUAUAGUGCCUCUUUUUCUAUCAUAAUUCUAACUAUUGUUUAUCUUCAAAAUUGUAUUAAUUGAAUUAUUGAUCACCGUGCGGUGUGUAAGAGGGUGGUUUUAGAACAAGUACCAGUCUGGGUAUGAUUGUACUCUGGAGUGAAUAUUCCAAGAGUUAAGAGGCUGUUUGAGAUUUCUUGGCUUUAUGAUUUAUUAUGAUUCUUGUUAUGAUUAUAACAUCUUAAUGAUGGUUAUCUGUAACACAAUGUAUUGUUCUAUGAACUGUCAGCUGAAACAGGAGAGUAAAUGAUAAACAAUAGAUUUGUUUGUAACAGAUUUGAUUCCUGGAUACUGAUGCAUUAAAAAUGCUCUGGGACCUUUCAAUUCA